AUGGUGCUGGCGAGUGUGCGUGCUGGUGGCGCGCUGGCGGGAGCGGCGGUGCGCAAUGGCGCGGCCGCCUUCAGUACGGCGGGGCGUGUGACGUUUGAACAGCUCACGGCUGGAGCCGACGCCGAGCAGCUGGAGUUCAUGAAGGAGCAGAUCGUGCAAGUGGACGAGCUGGACAACGUCGUGGGCCCUAUCAGCAAGAAGGAUGCGCACAUCCACGACGGCGUUCUGCACCGCGCCUUCAGCGUGUUCGUCUUCAACUCGAAGAACGAGCUGCUUAUUCAGAAGCGCGCGAGCGAAAAGAUCACCUUCCCCAGCUUCUGGGCGAACACGUGCUGCAGCCACCCGCUUUUCACUGAAGGAGAGCUCGAGGACGGCUUCGGUGUGAAACGUGCGGCCAUCCGCAAGCUGGAGCACGAGCUUGGCAUUCCUACUUCCACCUUUGCACUCGAAGACUUGGCUUACGUCUCCACGGUCAUGUACAAGAUGUUUCCGGGCGCUUACAUGUUUACCUUGUUUCGACCGCAGGCUGCGUCAGACGCUAAUUGGACGGAGUACGAAAUGGACCACAUUCUGUUUGCGCGUGGCGACGUGUCGCUGGACAACGUGAACAAGAACGAGGUGGAACAAGUCGAGUUCGUUACUCGUGAGAACCUGCCAGCACUCCUGAAUGAUUCCACGCGGAAGCUCUCGCCGUGGUUCCACCUCAUCGGUUCUAACUUGCUACCUAAAUGGUGGGACAAUCUCGACACGGUGCUGGCGAAAGACAACGCUGACCGCCAGAUCCACGACUACCGCUAG